UUUAGGUCAGUGGAUCAUUUCCUCCUUUUCCAGUUAUAGAGAUUUGCUUUCACCGAAGGGAGGACGAGGAAAAGUACAAUCCGAUCUCAGUGGAAUACAACUGGGGGACAACCUCCCUGACCUAUUUAAUGUUUAUUUAUCCUACAUACUAAGAGUCAGAUUUACUCGAUUACUUGACAUGAAGAGUGACAGAACUGCACUGAUUAUAUAAUCGGUUCUUUCUUAAAAGCGCCGCUGUCGUUUGGCAAUUUCUGUAUUGCUCGGGAUCUCACUGUUUCCGUUGCCCAGGUUUAGUUCUGUGCCUUGAGAUGCGUUUGCAACAUGAGAUUCAACGAGAAGAGACCGGGUAGGAGAGCCGGCUCGGUGGUGAUCCGGAGCCGCCCCGGGGUGUUUGGCGACCGAGCGCCAAGCGCUUCGCCCGACAGCAGCAGCGAGCCGACCCGGUGGACGCACACGGCAGGUGUCGGCAACUGCCGGAGGGACUAUUUUGUAGAAGAGCUAAUGGAUGAAGAUGACAAAGACAAGACAAAGAGGGCUUCACGUAACAAAUCUGAGAAAAAGAGACGUGAUCAGUUCAAUGUCCUCAUUAAAGAACUCAGUGUCAUGCUUCCAGGCAGUGUCCGUAAACUGGAUAAAUCUUCAGUGCUCCAGAAAACAAUUAGCUUUUUACAAAAACACAACGAGACUUCAGUGCAGACAGAAACAAGUAUUAUCCAACAUAACUGGAAGCCUUCUUUUCUGAGCAAUGAGGAAUUCACACAACUGAUGCUAGAGGCUUUAGAUGGAUUCUUCGUAGCUCUAACAACAGAUGGAAAUAUAAUUUAUGUUUCUGAUAGCAUCACACCUCUACUUGGGCACUUACCUUCUGAUGUUAUCGAUCAGAAUUUAUUAAACUUCCUCCCAGAGCAGGAGCACAGAGAAAUAUAUAAAUUGUUGUCUUCUCAUACUUUGGCAACAGACACUAUUUUGCCAGACUACUUAAACACUGAGAACUACUUUGAGUUUUCUUGUCAUCUUCUACGAGGGACAUUAGACCCAAAGGAACCUGCAACCUAUGAAUAUUUAAGAUUUGUGGGAAACUUUCAGUCGUAUGACAACGGGCCCAGCUCCUCUUGUAAGGGUUUUGAUGGUGGUGUACAAAGAACAUUUCAACCAACGCCUGCUAUACAAAUGUGUUUUGUAGCAACUGUUCGUUUAGCAACACCUCAGUUCAUAAAGGAGAUGUGCAUUAUUGAAGAACCUUCAGAAGAAUUUUCUUCUCGGCAUAGCUUAGAGUGGAAAUUUUUAUUUCUAGACCACAGGGCUGCACACAUCAUAGGUUAUUUGCCAUUUGAAGUCCUGGGUACUUCAGGUUACGAUUACUACCAUGCAGAUGACCUGGAACAGUUAGCAAGGUGCCAUCAACAACUGAUGCAGUAUGGUAAAGGAAAAUCUUGCUGCUAUCGAUUCCUAACGAAAGGACAACAGUGGAUUUGGCUCCAAACUCACUACUACAUCACAUAUCAUCAGUGGAACUCCAAACCAGAGUUCAUUGUAUGCAAACACACACUUGUGAGUUAUGCUGAGGUUCGAGCACAGCGCCGACAAGAUAUCAGUAUUUACGAUACCUCUGCCGAGGUUGAUGCAUCUGCAACACUAAAGGCACCUGACUCAAGGCCUGACCCGCAGCAAAGCCUUAAAGCAUUUGAAGUGCUCACUGGCAGCCGAUCGCCUUCUUCUUCAUCUCAGACCUCACGCAAAUCAUCUCGUACCUCGAUGUCAGAAUCUGCAUCAACACAGAGCAAAGGGCUGUCAGAGCCUAGUGCAAUGUCUGCACUCCUGCAGACGCCACCAGCAGUGCAACACGAUCCAGGAAUACUGCAACACUCCACCGUCACUGACCAGCCAAUAUUGCCCCAGGCGCCAGCAGUCUCUCAGCCUUCAUCAAUGACACAGUUCUCAGCACAGUUUGAUGUGAUUCGAUCGCUCAAGGGCCAGUUAGAGCAACGGACUCGUAUUCUCCAAGCAAACAUCACAUGGCAACAAGAAGAACUCCAAAAAAUUCAGGAACAGCUGUGCAUGGUGGAUAGCUCAAGUUUACAGUUAUUCCUACAACAGCCAGUUUCAAUCAAUGUUGGUUCAUUGCAACACCAAGAGUCACAACAGCAAAAACAGCAACAAAUGGACGUUAUGGUGCAAGACCAGGAUCCUCAUGAUAAACAGAUACAGGAUGUUAAAAGCAUGCUUGGUGGACAGAUCAUACACACUCCCCUCUCCAACCAGUCAUCUGGUAACCUGGCAUUACACUUGAGCAGCCCCAUGAUGAUCUCUCAGACUCCCACAAUGACGCUCCAGAGAGAUGGCACUGUUGGUCAAUUAAGUCCCAACUUCAAUCAAGAUGGGCAUUUAAGAAUGCUACUGAGUCAACCUAUUCAACCAAUGAUGCCCAUUACCUGCCACACAAGACAACCCAUGGAGUUCAAUACCACAGGACAACAAGCUAAGUACUCACAAAAUUGUGAACAGGAGGUUCCACAAAAUUUGUCAACACAGCCAGUGAGAAAUAGUGUGCCAAUAGUCUCCAAUACUGUGCUUAUGGGUCAAAUAAUAACAGCUCCAGGAUUUUCUAUACCACAUUCAUCCCUCUCUCAGCAAACUAUGCAACUUCAACAACAGCAGCCGCAACACUACUUACAGACACAAACAUCUGGCUCCCUGCAAGGUGAACAAUCAGAACUGCUCUUACUCCCUUCCUAUUCACAGCAACAGGAUAUUAUGGGAUACCAUUCACAACCUCAGCAAAGACACCAGGUUCAGCACCUCUCUGAGUCAUCAAACGUAUAACUCACCUACCAAUCUAUCAAUGAUGAAAGAUAUACUUCAAACCCUGAAUAAACACAAUGUUUAUUCUUUUGGUUUAACGAAUCAGCAGCUAAUGUGCUGAAUUGUCAUUGUUUUUGUGGUAAGGAAAGGUCCACCAUGGAUUUUAAGGCAACUGGUGGUCCAGCACCUCUUUUAAUCCAUACAAAAUUACAAAAGCGCACUUGAAACCCCCCCUUCCAGAAAUCCUCCCAAAAAUGUGGCAUGUAGGCCAGUUGAGGUGGCCAAUCUCAACCUCAUUAGGACUUCCGCGCCGAUUGGCGGGUUGAAUUUUCCCCCUGCAGCAGGGGCUCUGGAAGUCCAGCCUGACCAAAGGUGGCAGAUCCGUUCCCUUAGCAGACUUCCGUGACCGAUUUUGAAGGCCAGUAUCUCGGCACCUCAGCAGCCUAGGCAGACUGUUCCAGUACCAUUGGACUCCUCUUGGAGGCUGUGACCUCUGUUGGUCUGGCAAAAUGGAUAAUCCAGAAAGGCUCUGGAACCAAGGAGGCCGGAAAAUCGGUGGUGGAUUUGUAAUUAUAAAAUAUGUUAAAAUAUAAAGUUUCAAAACGGAUCAUAAGAACAUACUUUUUAACUACAUUUCUAUUCCUUGAAAGUGGAAUUAGAAUGACACAUUUGAAAGGUUCUUUCAGUUUUUAAUUAUGGGUCACAAUGAUAUGUUUGAUUGAUAUUAUUCAGUUUUGUUUUGAUCAUUUGAAUACAAAGUGAUUGCGUCCACUGCAUCUAAUGUAUUAAAACACAAGUGGCAUUUUGAAUUUGUAGAAAUGAUUAUUGAGUUUGUUCCUCGGCUCACACGCAUGGUCCAAGCAUAAAUAGUACAGUGGUUACAUUUUCUACAUAUUGAUGGUAAUUUUAUAACUGCAGUUGGAAAAUACUUUGCUUCUCAUCAGCACAUUUCAGAAAUCCAGGUCUCAUCACUUGAUUAUUCAACAAUGGGCAAUGUGUACCAGCAUUUCCAAUAUACAAUCUUAUUGGAAUUUUGCAAUCAAAAUUGCAAUAGCAGGAAUUUGCUGCAGAUAUAGUUAGCUAGCCAGUAAUUCCCCAUGCCUUUUCUAAAUUUUGUUAAUGCAUUGCAAAUUUUAGUACGGGAGAAUUCAAGCCUUGUGAGAAAAAUAUACCCUGUGCACAAGCUUAGCUUUUAUGUUUGCAAUGUAACCCUGUUUGUGUUAUGUAUUGAACAUAUCUUUUACAAUUUCCUGUGGUAAAUAACAAAGUUAGUACAUUUAAGGAACAUACUUUGGCCAAAUUCUUUCAGCCCUGUGGGAUGUUUUCAUUUUGUUAAUGUAACAACUAAUAAUUAAAAAGCAUCAAUUCUACAACACUGGACAUUAAAAAAAAACUUUGUGCUGUAUGAUUUUCAGAAACAUACACUUUUUCUGAUUUGUAUGUUUUGUUAAUGCUGUAUUUGUUAAAUAAAAUUCUCUAAGUAAAAUGUGAGAAAGGAAUUGUCUGCAGAAAGAUAAUGUAAUAUAUGUUAUUUCUGUAUAAAUGAUUCUUUGAAAGUGGAUUUUAGUCUAAUUUUGUAUAAAAUGCAUAAAAUCA